UUGUUGUAACAGUAACCUGACGAUAUAUCUUUCAAGAUCUUGUUAAGUCAUUUAUAUCGUCGAAUAGUAAGUGAUAAAUUCUGUGUUAUACUAAGCAAAUUAGCGACCAUUAGCAAAUAUAAUUCAUCGAAAGUGCAAUCAGAUGCAUGGAGCUUCAUCUCAUCCUUAUGCAAUCCUCCUAAUCAGGUAGGAUAUUACGAUAGUUCAUAAAAUCUCAUGGUGUAAGUUCGAAGUGCUUAUCCAAGGUCAUAUGUUGGCCUAGUCCCGAAGACCUACUGAACAACUGAACAUUAAUUUACCAUUCCUUCACCGUAUAAUCAACGGAUCGAGAAAGUUGAAUUGAAAUGAGGCCGAAACUAUUCACAGGUAAUCCAACGUUGAAGAAGAAAUGUUCUAGUGCUGUGUCCGUACAAUUAAAACAUAUUACUGUCAAAGUUAAAUAAGUGUAGAAUGUCCAAAAGAAUUAUAAAAAACUUCGAUAAAAAAUGCCUCAGGAAAUAUUGCUCAAGGGUAUCUUACUCAACCACUACAACAGUGACAGCAACUGAAGAAUCGAGCUGUCCACAUAUUCAACAAGUAAAUGCUAAACCAUAUUCUGAAAUCCCUGGUCCGAAACCUGUACCAUUUUUAGGCAACACAUGGAGGCUUCUACCAGUAAUAGGCCAAUACGACAUUUCUGAUGUUGCAAAAUUAUCGCAACGGUUUUACGACCAAUAUGGCAAAAUAGUGAAGCUGUCCGGUCUAGUUGGCAGACCAGAUUUGUUAUUCGUUUAUGAUGCGGAUGAAAUAGAAAAAGUUUACAGGAAUGAAGGACCUACACCAUUCAGGCCAUCCAUGCCUUGUUUGGUCAAAUACAAAAGUGAAAUACGAAAGGAAUUUUUCGGGGAACUUGCUGGGGUGGUUGGAGUACACGGAGAACCAUGGAAAGCAUUCAGGACCAAAGUUCAAAGGCCAAUCCUUCAGAUACAAACCGUCAAAAAAUACAUUACACCUAUAGAAGAAGUCACAAAUUACUUCAUAGAGAGAAUGUUAGAAAUGAAGGAUGAAAACAAUGAAAUGCCCGGUGACUUCGACAAUGAGAUACACAAAUGGUCUUUAGAAUGCAUUGGACGGGUGUCUCUCGAUACAAGACUAGGUUGUUUGGAUCCCAAUUUACCAACUGACUCCGAACCACAAAAAAUUAUCAAUGCAGCAAAAUAUGCACUGAGGAAUGUCGCUAUUCUGGAGUUGAAAUUUCCAUUUUGGCGCUAUUUUCCGACUACAGUCUGGAAGAACUACGUCAAAAACAUGGACUAUUUUAUAGAAAUCUGUAUGAAGCACAUAGACGCCGCUAUGGAGAGGCUCAAAUCUAAGAGUGUUACCAAUGAAAAUGACCUUUCACUUGUAGAAAGAAUCUUGGCUAGCGAACCAGAUCCCAAAACAGCAUAUAUCCUUGCUUUGGAUUUGAUUCUGGUUGGAAUAGAUACGAUUUCCAUGGCUGUAUGUUCUAUACUUUACCAACUAGCAACUAGACCCAAUGAACAAGAGAAAUUAUAUCAGGAAUUGAAAAAAAUUCUUCCGGAUCCAAACACUCCUUUGACAGCAUCGCUCUUGAAUGAGAUGGUCUAUUUGAAAGCUUUCGUCAAAGAAGUGCUUAGGAUGUACUCAACAGUUAUAGGCAAUGGACGAACGCUGCAGGAGGAUACUGUGAUACAGGGAUAUCACGUACCAAAAGGCAUCCAAGUCGUCUUCCCAACUCUAGUAACAGGAAGCAUGUCAGAAUUUGUGAGUGAGCCUGAAAAAUUCAUGCCAGAAAGAUGGAUGAAGCAAAGUGCAACGAAAUACAAGCUUCACCCAUAUGCAUCUCUACCAUAUGGUCAUGGAGCGAGGAUGUGCUUAGGCAGAAGAUUUGCUGAUUUGGAAAUUCAAGUCCUUUUAGCAAAGCUUAUACGUUCUUAUAAAUUGGAAUACAACCAUGAACCUCUGGAAUACAAAGUUACCUUCAUGUACGCACCGGAAGGCGAGUUGAGAUUCAAAAUGACUCCAAGGGAUUGUUGAAGUUACCAAAGAAUCAAUACUU